AUGCCUCCAAAGUUUACGCCUAUUAGACUCUUUACAACUACAUCUUUACUUGCUGUAGCCGGCUAUUCAGCUUACCAGUACCGGUUUUCGAAUAUUAACUCUAAGACCACGCCCCCCACUUCACCCAAGAAGAUGACUGUUGAUAACUCGUUUGAGACCCUCUUUGCAGUUCCGCUGUCAUGUGACGGCUGUAUCAAAGCCGUUUCAGACUCUCUGUAUAAGCUGGGCGGUAUCAACAAUGUCGAGGGUAACCUGGAGGACCAACUAGUAUCUGUCAAGGGCACUGCUGCCCCAUCAGCUAUUGUGGAGGCCAUCCAAGCAACUGGUAGAGAUGCCAUCCUGCGUGGAUCAGGAGCUUCAGACAGUGCUGCUGUCAGUAUUCUGGAGACGUUUGAAGAUCCUGUUGAUGGUAACUACGAGGAACCCAGCCGGGAUGUGAGAGGUUUGGCAAGAAUGGUUCAGGUCAGCUCAGGGCGAACACUGGUCGACUUGACUAUCCGUGGUGUCUCGCCAGGCACAUAUCGAGCUUCCAUCCGUGCGUACGGCGAUUUGAAGAAUGGUGCAACCUCAACAGGACCCGUCUGGUCGGGAGAUGAUCAGAAGCUUCGAGGAGAUCUAGGACUUGUUGAAGUUGGCAAGGAUGGUAGAGGCGGUUCGUUCAUCGACCACGGGUUUCAAAUCUGGGAAGUUAUUGGCCACGCCAUGGUUCUGACAAGACAAGAUGAGAAGGCCGAGCCUCUCAAGAACGAUAAGGAUACCGUUGUGGGUAUCAUCGCCCGAAGCGCUGGCAUGUGGGACAAUGAUAAGACCGUGUGCUCUUGUACAGGCAAGACACUCUGGGAGGAGCGUAAGGAUGAGGUCAAUAAGGGCAUGCUAUGA